AGACUGGGACCGCCCCUAAUCGCAGCAAAACAAUUAACUUCCCUUUUCGCUCCAAGGAGAGAGAAAACACGCGACAGAAAAGACUCGCUGCGUUCAAGGUUCAAGAUUACAUUUUAUGGGCUUUAGUUUAAUAUAAUUAACAUACGGCGAACAUCGCAGAAGACAAAGGACAAACGUCGUAGAUCACACGAUGAAGAUAAUACAUCACACUGUAAAUACGCCAUCUGUAAUCCUCGUGUUUUUCAUCGAGCUUGUUUCACUGAUAAGGUGUGUACCUUUGAACGUUUCAAAACUAAAUUGCUUUAAUGACUAUGUCACAACAAUGGUUUGCAACUUCACCUCCGACAAGUUCCUCAACUGCAGUGGAUAUAGCUUAGACUUUCAAUCACCAAUUAUGGACUCUUACAAAUGCAGUUUAAUAAACUCUGAAGAAGAUGUAAAUUAUUAUCGGUCCAAAUGUGGAUGCACAGUUGAAUUGCCGGAGUUUGUUAACGCUGAGGAAUACACAGUGAAUCUGACGGAAGGAGGGAAAGUCAUAAAUUCAACAAUUAUCACUGCGGUAGACAACAUCAAGCCCAAAGCCCCUGAUAUAUUAUUGGUGAUGCCAAUGGAAAAUGGAAACUACAAAGUGACAUGGAACACAAAUUACCCUGACUAUAAUGGCCUUUCUGACAACUUAGAGAUUGAGCUGAGCUACAAAAAGAAAGGAGAACCAGACAAGGCUGCAAGGAACGUAAGUGCCUCUCUGCCUUUUCAUGAAAUACCAGGCAGCGAUUUAGAGCCAAGCAGCAAAUACGUUGUGAAGGCGAGAUCGCACUCCACCCAUUACAACACCCAGUUCAGCGACUGGAGCCGGGAAGUGGAGUGGACCAGCCCUGCCCCUGCUGGGAGCGUGUUGAAAGCCGUCAUCCCCGUCCUUUGUGUACUGCUCGUCAUCAACAUCUGCGCUCUCUAUUGGUGCCUCACUCGACUCAAGGCUAAGUGGUGGGAUAAAAUUCCUGCUCCCAAGAAUGACAUAAAAAACACGCUUCCGCGAAAUUUCGAGAAUUUUAUCCCGAAAGAUUACGAUCUACCCGCCUACCACACUGACCUUCUGACCAUUGAUGAAACCGAGGAAAAGCCAAGGCCUACUCCAAGCACAUCGGAAAGCGAGCAAGAUAGCCUGUAUAAGAAUGUCUCCAGCCACGUGUUGGCGAAGGACAGCGGUGUCUUCUCGUCCGACGGCGGGUUGAGCGAUUCUGCGGGUUCUUGCAGUUCCUCUGAAUCAGGGUACAAAAACGUCCUUUACUCCAGGCUGUCGGCAACCUCUACGCAAAACGGCAGUUCUCCAGAGCUGCCAGGUAGCGGGACCCCCUUCUUCCCGGCUCCACCCAUGCCGGGCUGUGACAUUUUCCCCAUCUACAGUGAAGUUGAGGUUCUGAAGGCACCCAGUCCAGACUUCCAGAAGACCCGGCAAACCCCUGAUUCGUCGAGAAAAGCUUCCGGAAUGACCACGGACUGUAAGUAUUGUGCGGCCAGCACGCCUCCAGGGGAGGAAUCCUUCAGCCCGCACAUCCUGGGCACCAUGCUGCUUCUGGAAGCCUGUGGAAACAUCACCAGAGCUGAUGAUGGAUACGAAAGCUUUGCCAAGGCGGUCAGCAGAGAUGCUCUGGGAAAGGCUAAUUUCCCAGCGUGCACACUGGAACCCUGUGAAGAUGGCUACCAGGAUCUUCAGACCAUUUUAGAAAACAGAACUGACUGGCACUCUGAAGCAGGCAAAGCAGAUAGGGAGGCCUCUUCAGCGGAGGGUCCAGAGAAGAGUUCUGGGCAGGAACGGGAGCUCUCGCAAUGCCCUAAAUGGGAUAUUUUGGAGUCCAUCACCUCAUGUGCCUCCCCGUUCAUGCAAAAAAGCAGCAUGGAAAGCUCCGCUAAUCCUGCUUUGACUACAUGUCCCAUUAUUCAAAUUUACACAGACAGUUCCUACCAUAGAGUGUAGCAGUGUGCAAGAUGUCCUUUACAGCCAAUGCAUACUGAACUCUCUGAUUAUCUGGUAUCAUCAGGACUGUAAAAUAUAAACGUGCUUCUGUGAUGAGGACUCACCAACUCAACUAAGGGACUGAUAAGAGUGUGGUUAUUUUUAUGCUAUAUGUGUACAGUACAUGCGUUGGAGUCUUGGUAAUCCACCAAUCCAACUUUGGUAGCCAUGUUUAAAUGUGGUACAUAUGUUUUUUGUUUUUUUUUUUCAAACAUUGAGACUGAGAGUUUCCCUUCAUAAUACUGGGGCAAUCAUAUUCUUAAUCAAGGUGAAAAUUCUAAUGAAAAUAUGUUAGAAUUAUAGUGAAGUUUAUUAAUUGUGGCACGGCUAAUGUUUAUUUUCCUCAGUUGACAGCGAUAAAAAGCACGAUUGACUGCUAAGAACAAAAACAUAAAUAGUUCAAAAAGAAAACAUCUCAAAAACUUAAAUAGACUGGAUCAGUGUCAUUUAUUUUCAUUUUCUUUUUAGAAGGCAUGUAAAUUGGGAAUUGGGGAAAAACAACUUUUAGUUUUAAAAUUGCUACUUUUAAUCAGUUUUACAUUAUAUUGCAUCGCAGUUAAAUGUAAUUUAUAUUAUGCUGCUUUGCAGUAAGACAAGCCUAAAAACAAACCCCAUUUUCUGCUUUUUAAAUAAAAUGUAAAUAAAACAUUUCAAGCUAACAUUUCUGGAGAUAAUGUUGCAAUUAGCAGAAAAUGAAUCAGUGCCAUGGGUACUUAAUGACAUUAAUUCAGUACUUAGUUUUGUAAAUAGGUUUGUAAAUAUGUAGGAAGUUUCAGAAUAACAGUAGAAUAAUAAAUGCAUGUAAGUUAUUUGUUAUAUCACUCCUGGUUUGUUUCCUGUAGCCACCCAUCGGCAGUUAUGGCAGCGUAACAAGCACACAGGCCUGUUGGGUGAGGUGACUUAAGAAAACAAGUCCAGGUGGCUCAUGUUACUGGUAUUGGCAUGUCUGAAGCUUGACUUCCGCAUACCAGGAGUCACGCUAUUGCCCCUUUGCAUGUACAUAUAUACAUCUUGUUGCUGUUACUACCAUUUAUGUCAUUAUGUGUCACAUUAAGCCUUGGACAUCUCUGAGAGGAUCUGGCGAAUAAUAAGAUAAAUGUAUCUUCUGUGAAAGUAUGAUGAUCAUUUCAGUAGCCCUGUGAUAGCAGAUACAACUGUUUUCAGAUGCAGAAGGCUGAAGUAGAUAGGAGAUUCAUUUGUUUUGCAAUUUCCGUCUUAGGUUCAGUGGUCAGGGGUCAUUAGUAAAUAAUGUGGGAACUGUUUUCACGUGUCUACUGUUAGCACUUUAGCUUGCAUUAGAUGUUAGAAUUGAUCAUUUUUACAAUGUUGUUUUUUUUUCAUGCACUACAAAACUGAAUUAUUCUCCAUCAUGACUUGUGACUUGCAGCUGGCUAAUUCUUGCACAUUUGCAAUAAUGUCGAUUGAUGUGCAUUGUUCUUGUAAAAAAAUGAAAUAAAGAUUUAAUUUAACAUAUAUGCACAGUGUUAAAGUACCAAAAAUUGGGAUGCGAUGUGCUCUACUAAUCCUAGUAGAAUCCUAGAGAUUACUGCAUUUCGCUGCCCUCCGGAAAUAUUGACACCCUUGGUAAAUAUUAUCAAAACAGACUAUGAACAAAUGUUUGUUUGUCUAUCAGCAUUAUCUUACACUCAUAAUAUGAGAGAUAUCACGUUUCAACCUUUAAAUCAACCUUUAAAUUAUUCAAAGAGAAAAAACCUUCAUAAGACAAUAAACUUUUUUUUCUUCUCAAAAACACCUGUCAGAUUUAUAUUGGCAGCCCUAGAAGUUCUUAUGAACAAAAUGUAAUUGACCCACAUGCAGUGGCCACUUAUUAGGAACAUCUUGCUGUCAGACCUACCACAAUAAAACUACAUCAUUUUCUCAUAUUGCUGAGCUCAGAAAACAUUUGACAAACAAUGUGAAUCUUUGCUCAUAUUAAUUCACGGUACCAAUAAUUCUGAGGGGAUUGUGUUCCUUAUGGUGCCAUCAAACGGAUCCUAAAAUUUCUCACUGCCAUCCACCCUGGGUUCAGCCAAAGUGUUUGUACUGUUCAUUACAAUUAGGACAAUUAAUUAUCAGUUAUACUAUUGUAACUAUUAAUUAUAAUAAUUUAUUUGAUGAGUUUGCUUACUGGUUUGUUGAGUGUUGGCGAUGAACCAGGUUUAGCAGUGCAGGGGAGUUCUUUACAAUAUAAUAUGAGUUUCUCAUAUCAAUUUUUAAUGAUGUGAUAAAGCUUCAAGCAACAGAGUGCAUCACAAGCACGCAAGGUGUUUCCAUUGCUGGAAUGAAUUCAAAAUGAUUUUAGAAAAGACCAGUGGUGUUGUGUCAUGGCGAUCAAAUUAAGAGCAUUUCCCUAUGUGCAGACGUAAUCUAGUCCCAAUAGAUUUGGACCCACAACGCAUACAAACUGUUGGCUUCUGCUUCUCGGUUGUUGUUUUUUUUUAAUAACGCAUAACAUGCACUGUUUAAAAAAAAUCUUAGGAGAUUGGACUUUGGACCCGAGUGUGAAUCCACCCUCUAGCUGCGGAACCUGCGAUAGUUCACUGCAGGAACUGCUGCCUGUGUGUGCAGUCACCUGUAUGCUGAUAAACCAGUACUGAAAUGUCAGCCCGCAUUACAAAUAAAAGCUUUCCUCGCAUGCUCUUGCUCA